AUGUUCAUCGGAAUAUUUGAGUCAUUCAUAAUUUCAUUUUUCUUUAUCACUUUUAUUUCAAAUCUAUGCGUAAGUUAUAAUUUUCCAAGCUCUCCUCUUUUUCUCGAAAUCCCAAGCUUUCCAGAGUAAAAAGAAAUCAAAAGCUUCGAAAUCCAAAUCGACCUCAAAAUCAGGUCCAACUCAAUCAACAGAAACUCCACCAAUUGGCGCCACACACAGUUGUGAAGAUGUGCAAUUCAAUGUGAAUAUAAAUAAGAAAAAAGAUGAGAAGGAUAAUUUUGAUGAUGAUGAAGAGAAUCCAUUGGUAGCUGUGCCUAUAAAACACAACAAACAUUGCACAAAAAAUACGACGAGAAGAGAUCCGAGUGCAUUUGUGACUGUUGAUGGAGCAAAUGGAAAAGUAUCACAAUUUGGAAAUAAUAAUAAUAGAAGAAGUUUGCAUAAACCGACGACGGAAGAAAUGUCGAAAACUUAUGGAGGAGGAAUUUGUUCGGAUUGUGGGGAAAAAUCGAUUUUGGUGGCUGGCGAAAUCAAAAUCAAUCGAUCUUCUUAUGUGAGUUGGCAAAAUAGGAAGAUGGGGGUUUUUGAAAAUGAAAAUUAAAUUUUCGGAAUAAAAUACCUGACGUGAACGUGGACUUUGUUCAAUGACGUGGAAAAAUUCGAAUUUCAUUUUCAAAAUUUUCGAUACUUGUUUUGAUCAUUUUCAAAGAAAGUCAUGGCAGUUUCUAAUCUAAAUCUUAAAAAUUUUAAUUCUGCCACGUCAUAACUAAUUUUUAAAGAAUUUCAAAAUUGAACCAUUUUUGGGGUUAUACGGUAUGCAAAAAAAUUGUGUGCAUUUUUGCGUCGUGGUUCUUCAGAUAUUCAAAAAAUCGAUUUUUCAGCAAUUUGACAAGAAACAAAAACCACGAGAGCCAAAAAAGAAGACAGUAAAAACGAAAUGA